AAUACGGAGGCAAGGACGCGACAUGUGGCCCGGCUCCGAGCGAGGCAGCUCGCGAGCAUUGGAAAUACCGACAAGUCAACAAAAUGCUGGCGGUAGUAGCCAGCAGGAGACACUGGCGGACAUAGAGCACAUAUCGACCAUAGCUGGAUCAUUGGCCUCCAUUGGUUCACUGUCGCAUACACAGAUGCGAUAUUGCACAAAUGAUGCUGGCUAUGAUACGGAACAUACCUCAUUAAACUCUGACUUUGAUGAGGCUGAGCUGCGCAGAGAAUUGCUGAGAGAUAAAUGGAAACUUUUAUUUGAUAUGUUCGAUCCGGAGGGUUUUGGCGAAAUAUCUGUAACAGAAUUUUUGGUGGCAUUGAAAUCGCCAGAAUUUCUAUCCCAAGUGCCUAUGAACAAGCGGGAACUGUUGCUGGAGCGUGCGAAGAAGGCUCAACUGCCUAAUGGGCCGGGCUAUGUGACGUUUCAGGACUUUGUGAACGUGAUGAGCGGCAAGCGAACGCGUAGCUUCAAAUGCGCCGUACACCAGCGGGAUCGUGAAGUGUGCUCCGAGAACGACUUUCAAUUGGUGCUCAGUGAGCCGCCGCUCUUCAGGAAGAUGGUGCACGCGGUUGCCCUCGAGGUUUUGCCGGAGGAGCGUGAUCGCAAAUACUACGCGGAUCGUUAUACAUGUUGUCCGCCGCCCUUAUUCAUAAUACUGAUCACAAUUGUAGAGCUGGGCUUCUUUGUGUAUCAUACGCUGGCCGCGGGAGAAGCUGCACCAACGGGCCCAAUACCCACCGACUCCAUGUUUAUUUAUCGACCUGAUAAGCGUUAUGAGAUCUGGCGAUUUGUGCUAUAUAUGGUGCUGCAUGCUGGCUGGUUCCAUCUGGGAUUCAAUGUGGCCGUGCAGCUGCUCUUUGGUCUGCCCUUGGAGAUGGUACACGGAUCAUCGCGCAUCGCCUGCAUUUAUUUCUCGGGCGUACUGGCCGGCUCUCUCGGCACCAGCAUCUUUGAUCCGGAGGUGUUUCUCGUGGGCGCCAGUGGCGGCGUUUAUGCCUUGCUGGCAGCGCAUCUGGCCAAUGUGGUGCUCAAUUACCACCAGAUGCGCUACGGCGUCAUUCGCCUGGCAUUCAUACUCAUCUUUGCCUCGUUUGAUUUCGGGUUCGCCAUCUAUGCACGUUACGCUGGCGAGGAUGCGUUGCCUGCACAGGUAGGCGCCAACUCAGCGUCUGUCUCAUAUGUAGCACACUUGGCUGGAGCGGUGGCAGGUCUCACCAUCGGUCUGCUUGUGCUGAAGAACUUCGAGCAGAAGCUGCACGAGCAGCUUCUCUGGUGGAUUGCCCUGGGCACCUACAUGGCCCUCGUCGUCUUUGCCGUUGCCUUCAAUAUACUCAACGGUGUGACACUGUUCAACAUGCGCGUGCAAAAGAUUCGCGUCACCGAGACUUUCUACAAUGACUUCCAAGUAUAACAAAAAAGGCAGCCGCAUUUGUCUUUUUGUUGAUUCCCCCAAGAUAUCAAGAUUAUGGAUUUUUGUUUACUAUAUAUACAUUUUUUUUUGAUUCGUUGAAGUUUUUGUUAUUUAGUUUAUUGUUUUCCAACUGGACAGUGAAUAAGUUUAUAGUUUAUCGUUUUGUUAAGUUCAUUAACUGUGUGCAAUAUGUGUACAGACGCGAUAUGUAUAUGUAUUUGUAUUGUACAAUAUAGACAAUCGUCUUCUAUAUGGAAUCAACUACAAUUAAGAAUUUCGUAUUGUACGCUUCGUUUAAAAGUACAAAAUAUGAUGAAAUUUACAUUGAUAAAAUGUAUUUACAAGAAAUCGGAACUGAUUAGAAUACAUACGUAAAACUUGAUGCUCAAGGGAUUCGAAAUUUGCAAGACACAAAUUAAAGACUUUCUUAGGAGUAAGCAUAAAAAAAAUCACAAGUUUAAUCCUUAAGUUGUAAAAAAAAAAUACAAAUGCUAUAUUGAAACCGAAACUAAAAAGCCCAAAAGUUUAUUCUAAAUUUUCAGAACUGUCCCAACGCAGGCCUUACAUAUAUUUAACGAUAAUCUUUAAACUACCUCAAAUCGGAAAAGUAGAUAAGUUGGAAGAUUAACAAAUAUCGGUUUCAAAUUAAUAAAUAGCAUUUCUCAACUGCCCUUAUGAAAAAAUCAUCACUGCCAGCUUUAGUGAAAGAUAACAGCACCAAUUUAAUAUAAUAAAUAUAUAUAUGUAUUUUGUACAUAUUGUACAUAUUGGAUAAUCACAAGAAACAAUACAAAUAAAGCAAAAAUAAGAACUGA